AUGAGAAAAGUGACAUUGCCAGAGCUACAAGACUUGCUUGCGGUUUUCGUCUCUCUUCGCUCUGGAUCCAAACUAUUUGGUUUCAUCUCUCUGAUAGGGAGCCUGUUCAUCUGCUUAGAAUGUGCCUGUGCUAUAAUAUUGUUUCAUGUGCACCCGCAAUUCAUAACUACGGCGGUAGGCGCCUUGGCCGUGGAGCUCCUGGUGCACAUCGUCCACUCUGUCACUUCGGUGUUCUUGCUCUUGGGAGUAUAUCAGGAUAAACCUAACCUCAUGUUCUGGUGGCUGAUUACUGCCGUGCUGAUCUUCGUGAUGGAAACCUUCCUGUUGCCAUCACUACUGAUCCGAGCUCUGACUUUACACCUCCCUUUCGACAAGGACUACAAGAUGAUCUGCAUUACGUUGCUGAUGAUGAUUGACGACGUAUACGGAUGGCUUGUGGUCCACAGCUACUACAGGAAAUUGACUCCUCAGGGCACGGACGUGGUUUAACUGCACUGACCUACCACAAGAAGAAUUGUGGGGAGAGAGUUGAUGGAGUUGACAUUUGAGAGAAAAUUCACAAGAGGAGAAGAUAAUUAGAAAAGUCUUCUUAAUCAUGACUUACAUAAUUAGUCCCAACACAAAUAAAUUUAUAACAGUGAUUUUAAAACACAAACCUAUAAUGUUAUCUUGUAGCGUGAACUAUGUAGAUAAUUUACUUGCCUAAAACUAAAAUUGUAAAAAAAAGCCAAAACAAAACAUACAAAGCUGUUCAGAAAAAUGUUGA